GUUUCGGUCAUCCCUUGAGGAAUGUGGGGGGAAGACUUCCGCUGCUCCGCGGCUCCAACAGCAUUCCAGAUUCCCAAGCCCGGUCGCCCGAAAACAUCCAAGGUGAGUCAGCGUUCGGGUCGGUCGACCAUCGAGUAGCUCCGGCGACGAAGUGAGUCUGGCUGUAGUUUGACAGGGGCAUCUCGUCAUCCCCCUCUACGGUGGGAGAAGGUCGCUCGUCAGCCGUCGAAGGCGGCAUACCAGCAGCCCUCGAGAGGGAUCUCGCGACGAGUAAGAUGAAGCGAGGCUGGCUCGGGGCUCGAACGGAAGCUUGCCCCGCAAGGCCGCCCCUCGGAAAGGCACUCCUCUUCAAGGCAACAAGUGACACGGAGCUUGGACGGAGGAACCACUGGAUUUCUGCUGCUGUUGCGUCACCUUGCGGAGAACUUUGACGUCGGAGAUCGCCAGGAGUCGGUUGUUCGGCUACAGCAAUGUGGCGUACGUAGCUGAUGAUGCUCCUUUCGCAGACUAAUUUCGUGAUUUCUGUCUUUUGGUUGCGUCGAUGCGGCUCUGAAAGCACUUCGGCUUCUAGUGUUCCUUUUACAGAUCGUGCGGCAUUCGGUGAGCAAGCAGAGUCCGAAUCUGUCUCCGAUUUUAACCCGGGUGGUUUGGACACGACGGUUACCCCUUUGGCUUCGAUUGCGUUUUAGGUGGGAAGCGUUCGCGCUCUUGGCGGCAAUAUAACUCCCGCUACCUACCGCGGUUCAUUUUAUGUUUGGUAGUCCUCCGACGACGGCCUCCCCACCGGACCCCGGCACAUUCGGACGAGUGGAUAUGUUCCUCAGAGAACCUUGUUGUUUUGCCAGUGCAAUCCCAAGAUGCGGAUCCUUUCACCCGCACCAAUACUUCAUGGCAAGCCUUGCAAGGCGAUUGGUCUGUCUGAUGUAGGUGCCCUCCUCUCAGUUGUAUUUUUUCCCGAUCGAUGACGAUGACAUCCCGCCGAGCGAUCGCCCCGACCGGGGGAUGGAUGUGAACAAAAGGGAAAGGAGGAUACAUUUUGGCACCGCGAGAACGUGAUGGCACCAGGGGGUUCGAUAACUCCAGGAAAAUCUAGCUUCGGGCGUGAGGUUGCGUGGACUUUCGUGAGCUGCAAUAACCGUUCUUCUUUUCGAGGCUCUAUGUUGUUGCGUUUGCUUGGCGUCGCGAAUAAGAAACAAGCCUUUCAUUCUCUGGAACCUGAGAUCAAUCAAUAGAACGCAUCGUCUUCGAGCCUUGAUCACAAAGGAUUGUGAUUUUUGAGCCGGUCGGCACUACUCGAUACCACCACGCCGUUGUACAUGCGCACACAUACGGGACACGUUCAAAAUAUAUCUACAACUGCUUUACAAUCGAGUUUGUACAUGUUUUUUUUCCCCGCGGCAUCGUUUGUGCCGGAUUUUUGCGACCACGGGCUCCCCAUUUUCGUGGACUAUUCUGAAAUUUUAGCUUCAGCUUCUCAGACCAGUAUCCGUGGAAGUUUCAUUCGACUCCCCGACCCCUUGCCCGACCCGGCCCGAAAUGCUGAUCUCGAGCUACAAUGUAAUCUCGCGGAGUCUCGAGUAUGGUUCGGUGGGGAAUCGCAGAUCAUGACCCCUCCCCGAGUGUGAGGAGCUUCCGCAUCCUGUGGCCGACAAGUCGGCCUUGUCUGUGACGCACCCCGAACGGGGCGGUUGAACAGACCAAAAGGGUCCGUCCGGUUGCAUUUCAAGUGUUUUUUUCUAGUGUUUUUUUUCUUGCGAGUGAGAGCGGCGUUCCAUGUUUGCCACCUUGCUUCAUGGUUUGUUUCAUUCAGGCUGCUGUUUCAUGCACCACGGCGGGCAUCUCGGAGGUAUAAGGUGUCUCUGUCUGUUAGUGUUGGACACCCGUACGCGUCACUCGUUCCCUAAAACGUGCACGGACAGCAACUGCGAGAGAGCCGCAAGCCACCAACUGAGGACGCUUUCCAUGUCGUCACACAUAGUACAGUUAGUCAGGCCACCUCUACCACGGAGGAAGCGCGUACUACAUCAGCCUUCGGCCAUAACUCUCCUUUGUCCUCUCUCCGUCCCUCCCAUUUCCGGCUCUUGGAAUACUUGCGUAGUAAUUUUGUUUUCAAGGGUCCGCGAAGCUUCGGUUUAUUGCUGUUGUUGUCACCGGUCCCUCCGUUCAUCUCUCGCCCAUGCUCAUUAUGUUGCCGGUGUGUGCCGUAACUGCGAGAGAGCCGCAAGCCACCAACUGAGGACGCUUUCCAUGUCGUCACAUUGUCAAGGAGGACCCAUUCGCAAGGUAUCCGUCGAUUGACUUUUUCCAGAAUCGGACACCUUUGCACAUGGUGAGCAACACAGACUACAGUUAGUCAGGCCACCUCUGCACGGAGAAAGCGCGAACUGCAUAGGCCUUCGCCCAUAACUCUCCUUUGUCCCCUUUCCGUCCCUCCCAUCUCCGGCUGUUGGAACACACAUUGUGUCCAUGGGAAAAUGUCCCAAGUCAGGAGAGAAAGUGUACACCCAAGGAGAUUCGAACCAGUAUCCUGCUGACGCCAUGUGCGAAGGUGUCCGAUUCUGGUAAAAAAAGUCAAUCGACGGAUACCUUGCGAAUCGGGUCCUCCUUAACACUCUCCACCCACUGAAUAUACCCUCAACUGGGAACCUCUCGCGGCCAGGACGGGUAAUUCGAUGGAAGUGUCACAAGGUUCUUUGCAGGAUCGACUCCAAGAGGUGUUCUCACGACUGACACACAUUGUGUCCAUGGGAAAAUGUCCCAAGUCAGGAGAAGAGAAAGUGUGCACCCAAGGAGAUUCGAACCAGUAUUUGUCUGUAUUCGUGCGUAACCAGAUGUGUGUAUGUAUGUACGUAGACCAGCAAGUACUCUCGACAGUAGUAUUAGGAUUUCCUCGCCAGAAGAGAAGUAGUGCAUCUACGCAGGGGCGUGGGGAGAAUGUUUUUUUUUGUCCGCUCGGUGCCGGUCGGUCGUGGACUGUUCUUUUUCGGGCGGAACUUGAGUGACUCUUUUGCGCAGAAACGUUCUCUACACCAGCCCACGAGCGUGAUAAUGACGUACACGCCCCGACACCCAGCCACGAUAACGGUUCGAGACCCUGGCCGCCUGACCGCAGGCGUCACCUUGUACCGCUGCUGACAGAUCACUGUUAAGGAGGACCCGAUUCGCAGGGUAUCUGUCGAUUGACUUUAGCUGAAUCGGUACACCUUCACAUAUCGCGUCAGCGGCAGGAUUUGACUUUUACCUAAAUCGGUACACCUUCACAAUUGGCGUCAGCGGCAGGAUACUGGUUGGAAUCUCCUUGGGUGCACACUUUUUCUCCUGACUUGGACAUUUUCCCAUGGACACAAUGUGUGUCAGUCGUGAGAACACCUCUUGGAGUCGAUCCUGCAAAGAACGUUGUGACACUUCCAUCGAAUUACCCGUCCUGGCCGCGAGAGGUUCCCAGUUGAGGGUAAAUUCAGU